CAGAUAUGGCAUUGUUCAAACAUAUUCCAUAAUGUUCACAUGUAGCAUCCCAAGAUUCCCAUAUGCAGGACAUGACUGUUGCUGUUUCUGGAUCAUCUCAUGGUCCUUCUAUGUUUGCUGAAUCAUCACGCGGCCAGUUAGACGGGCCAUCGAAUCCAUACUUUGUUUUUGAUACCCCUCAGGGAACCCGUUACUGGAUUCCUAACGUCGCUGAUAAGUUCAUACCAGUGUGUGGGAAAUCUUAUCCAACUUUUGCGGAUGUUCUUUCCAUGUAUGAACUUUAUGCGUUUGAAGCAGGUUUUUCUGUAAAAAAAGGGCAAACUAAAGUCUGGAAUGGAAUUCCCACACACAAGUAUCUUCGAUGCUCAAAAUAUGGAAAACCACAACCCAAGAGGACUUUUGACACCCUAGAUGAAUCUUCUGUUAAGCACCGGAGGACCAACUUCACAUGGUGUGACUGUAAGGCAAGCAUACUAGUCUCGAUCUCGAAUGAUUCAUACACAGUUCUGAGUUUCAAUGAUAUUCAUAAUCAUGAACUUGUUGAGAGUUACAACCGUGAUCUUAGCAAGAUAUCAUGGAAGCUGUCAUUCUCCACGAAACAAUUCAUUCACAAUAUGAGUCUAAACCGUAUCGGACCAAUGAGAGCUUAUAGAUGUCUUGUAGCUUUAAAAGGAGGGCAUCACAAUGUCAAUGGGACUCCGGUGGAUUUUAAAAACUUUAGCCACCAGUUGCGAAUUUUUAUUGUUGUCUUCUGUAUUCUGGGUUGA